AUGCGCUUAAGGACGCUCACAAUAGCCCCACAGCGCGCCUUGUUUUCAGCCAAAGCUGGAUCUGGAGGCAUUGCUGGACCUAGGAUCACUGGAGUGCUGCGUUUCUAUAAAGAUGUAGACGUUAAACCCGUGGACGUGGAGGAAAAUGACGCUGAGCCGCGCAAGUUCUUUGCUGUGACGCUGGACGGAAAGAUAGUCAAGACACCAAGACAGCAACCUGUAUGUCUACCAACACGUGCAAUGGCGUAUGCAGUAGCUCAUGAAUGGGAUGCGCAGAGUCACGACAUCCGUCCCGCUACAAUGCCGAUCAUGACGCUCGUGUCUACGGCACUGGACCUUUUGUUUACAUCUAGCAGCCAAGAGGCCAUUGACGAGAUGAUGCAUUACUUUCACACGGAUACGGUAUGCUAUGAAGUUACAGCUGAUCAACAGGAGAAGCUUGUGUCACUGCAGCAGAAAAAAUGGAAGCCUAUUCGCAAGUGGUUCAGUGACACGUUUGAAGGACAAGUGGAUGUAAGCUACGGAAGCAUUGACGGACUGGUGCAUGACCAGCAUCUUGUCGCUAACGUUCGUGCGUACUUAGAGAAGCUAAACGACUUUGAGCUAACGGCGAUGAGAACGCUGACGAAGGAAUGUAAGUCUUUGAUAACUGCGUUGGCGGUCUAUAAGCGUCACAUCACGGCAAAGGAGGCAAUCGACAUUUGUCGCUUGGAGGAAGAGUUUCAAAUUAACAACUGGGGGCUUGUGGAGGGUGGUCACGAUCUCGACCGUGUGAAUUGUGCCGUAAAACUAUCGAGCGCAUCUUUCCUGCUUUACUUGCUAGAGAACAAGUACUAG